UAUCUUCCAUGUAGAGAAACAUCGUCUGUUCUGAGUGUCAGGUCCAGAGAUACUUUAGAACUCGCUCUCACAGGAGCUGACAAUUAUCCUACUUUCGUGAUCACGAAGAUUUCAAAAUGUUUAUCAUAUCUCUGUUCACCUCACUUCUGUACGUUUGCGUGUCAGGAAAAGAAGAAAAGGUGUGCGACUCGGACCUCGGCUGUUUCCGGAUCCACGAGCCCUUCGUUCCCCGCCUGCCGACCUUGCCGAAGAAGAUCGACGUGAAGUUCAAACUGCACACCAGGGACAACUAUGACGAGCCGCAACAUCUGUCCAUCUGGAACAUAGACAGCAUCCGGGAAUCUUUCUUCAACAGUUCUAGGCCCACAAAAUUCGUCGUGCACGGUUUCCUUGACGACACCACUGUGGACUGGAUAGAGGACAUGAAGAACGCCAUCUUGUUCCGCGAUGACGUCAACAUGUUCUUGGUAGACUGGAGCUCCAGCUCCCAGACGCUGGACUACACCCAGGCAGCCGCUGACAUCAGAGUGGUGGGGGCUAAACUGGCGAGAUUCAUCAUUUUCUUACGGUUUUUAACCAGAGCAGAAGAGAAAGACAUGCACAUCAUCGGGCACAGUCUGGGCGCGCAUGUAGCAGGCUACGCCGGGGAGAGGCUGAACGGGCGCCUCGGCAGAAUCACAGGUCUGGACCCAGCCUAUCCAUUCUUUGAGGACAAACCCCCAGAAGUACGUCUGGACACCACCGACGCCAUCUUUGUUGACGUCAUCCACACUGAUGCUGAUGCCGACCACAAACUUGGAUUUGGAAUGGAUCAAGCCGUCGGCCAUCUUGAUUUCUAUCCGAACGGAGGCCAGGAGCAGCCAGGCUGUGGGAACGACCUGUUCGAUUAUAUGGCGGACCAUGGGGUCAUUCAAGGCGGAGCCAACUACGUGGUCUGCAACCACCAGCGGGCCAUCUGGCUGUUCAUCGAGUCCGUCAACUCGGACUGCGGCUGGAAGUCGUACCCUUGCGGCAGCUGGAAGGACUUCAAGGACGGCAAGUGUCUGACCUGCGGCUCGACGGGGUGCUUCAGGAUGGGGUACGACGCCGACAAGAACGACCUUCCAGCGGGGGGCAGAGUAGACAAAAGGCUGUUCCUCACCACAUCCGACAGGGACCCAUACUGUCACGAAGAGAUUCACCACGUGAAGGUAAACAUCGGCAAGAAUAAGGACGCGACGACGGAGGAGGCAGAGGAGAUGUUCGUCAAGCUGACGGGCGAAGUGGCGCAGUCAGACGACGUCAAUGUCCUCAGUCACCGGAGCACCACGAAGAUCGAGCCGGGAGACAGUUACGGGUUCGUCGUGGGCAGCAGGCAGCCGCUGGGUGCCAUCAGGAGCAUGGACAUCCGCUGGGUCCCGCGCGAGGAAUCAUGGUACAUGGACUGGUACAGCUCGCUCAUGGGCUGGCUGAACGAGGAGACGCCAUCUUGUGUCUUCCUGGAGAAGGUGGAGGUGUCGACGGCGGGGGAGAAGGAGUGUGAGAAGUUUGAGUUCAACUGCGGCGCUCAAGAGCUACUGUCGAAGCAGACUGAAACUAUCCAAAUUGGAGCCUGUAAAUAAUGACAAGUACGGAGACUGUAUAUAAUAACUAAUAUUACUUCUGUAAACAGCUACGAUUAUAGAACUGUUGCAGAAGCGAAAGCAUUGUCGUAUUUAUGUCAAAUAUGCAUAUUUAUACAUAGUAUUUUCGUCAUUUACUUAAUCUGUAUAAAGUGACACACUUUCGUGCAACCAAAGAAUUGUAUUAUUUUUACGAGGAACGAUUUGCAAAUAGAAAGAAAGAGAGUCAGUUUUGUCAUAUCUGGAACAAAUUGUUUUUAUUAGAAACUGAUGUUGUGGUGUGGUGUGGUGUAAUGUGAGAUAGCCAAUUGAAAAUGGAUAAUGCCCGAAUCUGCAGUUAUGGUCAAAAGACGAUGAAGCCCACCAUAGUACCAUAGUUGUCAUUUAUGACAUUGUGAUUGUUAAGUAGUGUCUUCGAACAUUAUCAAUGCAAUGGAUCCGGACCAGACAAUGAACCAUAAUGGCAUCUGCCGAACUACUGACUGUGUAACUCAUUGGUUAAUGUGUUGUGGUUAAACUUCUACUUUGAAUUAUUUUUGGUUAAAGGCGGUGUCGUUACAUGUAAUACACCUUCUCUAGGGAACCUAAAAUGAUUGACGAUAAUGUAAAUAUUUUGAAAAUGAACUAUUCUGAAGAAAAAAUAUUUUCUGUAAUAAAAUAAUGUUUAUACUAUGU